UUUCUCUCAAUAAAAAAAUAAAAAAUAAAAUUAAUAAUAAUAAUAAAAUUAAUAUAGUAAUAUUAUUUUCGAGUGGCUUCCAAACCGUCCAUUCACCGAUUCAUUCAUUGAUUGAGUCGAUUCUUCCUCACCCCCACUCUAAAAAGUCAGCGCCUUGUUUUGUCUAUGGAGGACGAUUGGGAUCUGCACGCGGUGGUUCGAGGCUGCGCCGCCGCCUCUUCAUCUUCUACUGGCGGCGGCGACGGGCGGCGCGAUUUCAGCGGCGGCGUUUCUCCGGCGGCAUGUUCUGGAGAUCCGUUACCGUUAGAGGAGGUGAAAAAGGAGACGGCGUUAAAACAGGAGGAGGACUUACGUCAUGAUCUGUACGGGCAGAGGCCGUUCUUGUUUCCGGAAUCUUCUGAAAUGACGAUAGUGCCCUCGCACAGUCUGCCCGGCCUAGGGAAUUCGUCUCCGCUCAGCUCUCUGCUUCUCGACAGAAAACCGGCGGCGGCGGCGGCGCCGCCGCCGCCGCCGUUCUCGGUGGUGAAUCUCCCGAAGGAGAGUGCUCAGAAAAAUAGCUCGUCGUCAAGACCUAGUUCAAAGAAACGAAAUGAUGUAUGCAGGAAGAGCGGGAUGAAGAGGGUGGUGAGUCACGUGGGAGCAGAAGAAGUGUGUGCGGAUGUGUGGUCAUGGAGAAAAUAUGGGCAGAAGCCUAUUAAGGGUUCUCCUUAUCCCAGAGGUUAUUAUAGAUGCAGCACUUCAAAAGGUUGCGGGGCUCGAAAGCAGGUGGAGCGCAACCGGUCGAACCCGGGAAUGUACAUCGUCACCUACACCGGCGACCACAACCACCCUAUGCCCGCCAACCGCACUUCCCGACACAAGCUUCCGCCCGAUCAUGCCAACCUCGAUAUCCUCAAACCAGCUAAUGAUCAAAAGUCGUCAAUGGAAGAAGAAGACAGUUUUUGCCCACUUGAAGACGAUUUUUUCGAUGGCUUGGAGGGCUUUGCCGCCUCCGGGAGUUGCUCCAUCGAUGAUUCUCCGGUGGAGUUCGACGGCGACGGAGAGAAUUGUCGUAAUGUUGUAUAAUUAAUUGCUUAGCAUGUAGAAGAAAUUACUUUGUAGUUUACAUAUAGGAGAGUAAAGUAGCUAGACAAGUUUGGAUUUGUUUAUUAAUUUUGAAAAAUUUUGUUAUUGUAUAGCUUGGUUAUUUAUUUUGUCAAUUUAUUUAGGUAUUUAAUUUAAG